UCCAUCUGAAGCCCAUAGGCCCAAUUCACUUUCUCAAAGGAAAAUAAAUCGAUACAUGCGGCAGAGAUUUUAAUAUAAAUACUGAAACCACAAUCAGAAACAGAUCCACUUUCAGAGGGUUAGGUUUUCGGCAAUCGACUCUACAAGUUUUUUGAUUUCACACAGCUUGAAGCUAUCGACAAUGCCUCGCUAUGAUGAUAAGUACGGCAAUACUCGCCUCUAUGUGGGUCGUCUGUCUUCCCGAACUCGCUCUCGUGAUCUUGAGAGAGUCUUCAGCCGAUAUGGAAGAGUUCGAGAUGUGGAUAUGAAGCAUGAUUACGCCUUUGUUGAAUUUAGUGAUCCUCGAGAUGCGGAUGAUGCAAGGUACAACUUGGAUGGGCGUGAUGUUGAUGGAAGUCGUCUUAUUGUGGAAUUUGCUAAAGGGGUUCCUCGGGGUUCUCGUGAUUCUCGGGAUUCUCGAGAAUAUCUUGGUAGAGGUCCUCCUCCUGGCUCUGGACGCUGCUUUAACUGUGGCAUUGAUGGCCACUGGGCUCGAGAUUGCAAAGCUGGGGAUUGGAAGAACAAGUGUUAUCGCUGUGGGGAGAGAGGUCACAUAGAGAAGAACUGCAAGAACAGUCCCAAAAAGUUGAGCAGUAGACAUGCACGGAGUGUUUCACGCUCUCCAGGAAGGUCACGCUCUCCUAGGCGUGGCAGAAGCCGGGAUAGAAGCUACAGCCCAGCCCGCAGCUAUAGCCGAUCAAGAUCUCCUGUCAGAUCUCGAUCGCCUGUCAGAUCAAGAUCUCCUGUCAGAAGAGAUCGAAGCCCAGUUCCGGAUGACAGAUCUAGGAGCCCCCCACCUUCCAAGUCAAGGAAGUAUAGUAGAUCUCCUGAAGGUAGUCCUCAAAGGAGUGCAUCUCCUAGUAAUGAUAAGGUGGUCACUGCCCAAGAUGGGUCUGAUUAUAGUGAUGGUCCUAGAGUGAAAAGCAGAAGCCCUUCAAGGGACAAUGAUGACAGCCCUAAGGCUAAUGGAAGAAGUCGCAGCAGAAGCCGCAGCAGGAGUCCUAGCCGCAGUCCCAGGGAUGAGGAUAGGAGCCCCGUGGAGGAUGAUGAUGACACCACUCGUCGCUCUCCAUCACCUUAAGAAGUAUUUUCCUUGUAAGCUCAGGAUGUGUCCUGGAUAUUUAUAUGCUUUGUUUAUGAAAUGCACUAUAUUCCAACUUUAUUUUUUAAAACUGAAGACUUCAGUGAUUUUGGACAUGUAUGCUAUUUUUAAUGUUUAAACAUUAUGUUGGUUGAGACA